AUGGAAGUUGUAAAAAUUGAUAUUAUAUUCGAAGCUUGCUUGCAAGUGCUUAAGAAGGUUAUUAGAGAUUUGCACAUAAGCUUAGAAGUGAAUAUCAAUAAUAAUAGCACUUUAUUACUUUGCGAGCGUCAAUUAUUUACAGUUAGUGACAUUAAAAAAUCAAUGGCGAAUAAUGUUGAUCCUUCAAAAACAGAUACUGCAAAAAUUUCAGGAAGGCUAGUAUCAAGAGGCAUACUGUCAUAUAAAGUAAAGGAGAAAAAAUCUUUUCAUUAUCUUGUAAUUACUUGGGCUGUCAAAACCAAACUGGAGAAAGGAAAGAAUUCAAUAACAGUCACCACAACGAAUAAAAAACCUGAAAGGGAAAGUAAAGAUGAAUUAUAUAAUGAUUUACAUAAAAAGAAGAACAGAAAAUAUGCCGGAGACUACAUUGAUGUUAAUGACCAAUCUUAUCGUAUAUCAGGAGACAUUAAUGACGGGUAA